AUGCCGACAGAACUAGAAGAACUCGUUGGCUUCAUCGCCCAUCCAAACCCCCAGAUCAGAGCUGUCGCGACAGAGAACCUGGUUCCCUACUCUCUGUCUGACCCAGCCAUCUUCAAGACUGAAGAGCUCAAACCAGUGAAGCAUCUGAAAUUCCUCGUUCGGGAUCAUGAGAAAAUUGCCGAACAUGCUUUGAAUAUUCUCAUCAACUUGACCGAGGACCCAGCCGUCUUGGAGUUUGUAGCAACAGAUGAGAAGUUUUUGGAGAUGGUAUUCUCACAUUUGGUCUACCCUGAGGAGCCAAAUGCCGAUCUACUGGCCAUGCUCCUCGCCAACCUCUCCAAAUACGACGGCUCAAAAGCCUUCCUCCAGCGAAAGCAAGAGGCCCCCUCACAGCUCGGCUCAGAUGACAACGUCCUCAACCAGCUCAUGGACCUCUUCGUCAAGGGCCAAGACGGCGCAUACAACAAGAAAGCAGACUACGACUACCUCGCCUAUGUCUUCGCCGACCUCGCCAAACACACGGAAAUCCGCCAGUACUUCCUCACAUCCCAGCCCUACGACGGCGUCAUCCCCCUGACCAAGCUCAAGGUCUUCACAGAGCACAAGUCCGACAUUCGAAGGAAGGGCGUCGCAAACACCAUCAAGAACGCCGCCUUUGAGAUCCCCGCCCACCCGUCUUUCCUGUCCGAGUCAGACAUCAACAUCCUGCCGUAUAUCCUCCUGCCCAUUACCGGCAACGAGGAGUACGACGUGGACGAGACGAUGGAGAUGUUGCCCGAUCUGCAGCUUCUCCCGCCGGACAAGAAGCGUGACUCGGACACGGCCAAUAUCCAGACCCAUGUGGAAACAUUGACGCUGUUGACGACCACGCUGGAAGGCCGUGAGUUGAUGAGAAAAAUCAACGUGUAUCCCAUUAUUCGAGAGACGCACAGGAGAGUGAAUGAUGAGGGCGUACAAGAAGCAUGCGAUAGACUAGUACAAGUUCUUAUGAGAGAUGAAGCAACGGAAGACGCACUGGAAAAGGCAGAGGAGCGCGUAAAGGAGAUUGAAGAGGAUGAGGAUGAAGAGCUGGUCGAAGUUUAA